AACUAGAGAAGUCUGAAGAUGGGAUGGAUUUGACCUAUUUUAAUUUAGAAGAUGAAUAACAUUAAAUAAUGGUUAUUCUGAUGAAAAUAAACCAUUCUUCCUUCUUCUAUUUGAAUCUUCAAUUCUUUGAAUGAUCUUCUUUCACAAACCCUAAUUAGAAUUUGGUUUGAUUCAAUUUGGUUGAAUUUGAUUGAAAAGUGAGAAAAUCGAUGGGAGAAGAAGUAGGUUCCAGUAGCACCGCCUCCGCCGCGGCCAUCUCCUCCUCCAAUAUAGGUUUUCAGCUUCUCAAGAAGCAUGGUUGGAAAGAAGGCACUGGUCUUGGUGUUUCUGAGCAGGGGAGAUUAGAGCCAGUUCAAGUGUAUCAGAAAAACAAUAAACGAGGCGUCGGAGCUCAUACCAAUAAUAAUCAAUUCAAGAACAAGACCGCCGUAUCUCAAUCUUCCUCCGACCACCGGCGCCAGAAUGAAACUUGCGGUUUAAGAAACUCGAAGCCUCUGUCUAAGAAACAGAGGAAGCUGGUGGAGUUAGAAAAGCGUUUGCAAGAGAAGGAAUUCGAGCGGGCGUUUUAUCGGGAGUUCUGGCCGGAUAAUGUUUGAUUUGGUGUUGUAAUUAUAUGUCUCUGCUUUUAUCCACUUUCUUAGGUCCGUUGUAAUUGAAUCUGAGAUUCUAAAUUCAAUUCAGCAGCAGAAAUUAGGAGUCUGCAAAAAGUUGGCUUAGUUAAGAAUUGAUCAAUUAAUCAAAUACAAAAUUCAAAUUAA